AAAUGGGUCCGUCACUGGUCCCACACGGCAUUACUUGGCUUGGCUGUAUACAUUAAGAGAGAGCAGAGUUAUUGAGGUGCAAAGAGAACUGAAGGGAGAAAAAAUUAAUGGAGGGGAGUUCAGAGAUUGAUAACAAACAAAAAUACAGUAGUAGAUGGUCUCUUGAUGGUAUGACUGCUCUAGUGACCGGUGGCACCAAAGGAAUUGGGCAUGCUAUAGUUGAAGAAUUGUGUGGAUUAGGGGCAAAAGUACAUACAUGUUCCAGAAACCAAACUGAGCUGAGUGAAUGCUUGAGUCAGUGGGAGACUAAGGGAUUUCAAGUCACUGGUUCAGUCUGUGAUGUCAUGACCCCAUCACAGCGUCAACACCUAAUUCUUAAGGUCUCCUCUUUGUUUCAUGGAAAGCUCAACAUCCUUAUAAAUAAUGUAGGAACAUGUUAUAGGAAACCAACAGUGGAGUACACAACUGAAGAUAUGUCAUUUCUAAUGAGUACUAAUUUUGAUUCAGCUUACAACAUUUCCCAACUUGCUCACCCUCUUCUGAAAGCUUCAGGAGAUGGGACCAUUGUGUUUGUGUCUUCUGUGGUUGGACUUGUAGCUGUAAAUGUUGGAUCUUUAUACAGUGCAGCUAAAGGAGCUAUUAACCAGUUGGCCAAAAACUUGGCAUGUGAAUGGGCAAAGGAUAACAUAAGAAUCAACUCAGUCACACCUUGGUUUAUCAGGACCCCUCUCGUUGAAAAAGCGUUUGCCAAACCUGAGUUUUUAGAAGCUGUGAAGUCCAGAACACCGCUAGGGAGAACUGGAGAGGCAAAGGAAGUGUCGUCACUAGUGGCAUUUUUGUGCUUGCCUGCAGCUUCGUAUAUAACUGGACAGACUAUUAGUGUUGAUGGAGGACUAACAAUAAAUGGGGCAUUAUAUUCUUAAAUAUGUACGACCAAUUAAACUGGGUUCUUUUAGCUAAUAUUUGAUAUGGAGAAUAAUAUGAAUGCAAUUUUUAUAUCUUGUCAAAAAUGCUAUUGUCUCAUCAUAAAGAAAAAGGACUAUGAUAUAUUGUCUUAUUUGAAAGAUAAUUUGUGCUCUAGUUAAACCAAUUUAUC